UUGUGGUUAAGAGUACUUUUCCGUGAAGAAAUUGAAGCCAAAAUGCAAAAGCAACGAACUGCCACUUUCCUCGAUAGUACUUUUAUGCUUCAUUGCUUAUACCAAACCAAAAUGUGAAAAACAAUUGUCACCUUCUUAACAAAUCAUAACGAUCAUUCUCUAAUUUCGUGGCACCUACCCACUCCCGUCCGCGGGAAAAAAAAAUAUCUGCUUCAACAAUGGCGCAAUUCACCGUGAGAGGGCGCGUUAAGCCACUGUUCAACGGCGAUGGACUCUCCGUCGGCUUCGAAGUUACCGGUAGUCCUUUAGGUCGUGGUAGUAGAGGUGUGCACUGCAGUGAGGCUCCUUGUUCAUCACCGCUACAACUUCAGGAACUCAAACUCCGUUUUUCUGGUGCUCGUAGUAGUACUACCAGAGUCUAUGCAAAUGCUUCUUCCUCAUCAAUCGGAAAAUCAAAGAAGUUCCGCAUGAAUGAUCAAUCGAAUGGGAUGAAGGAAGAGGUUUGGGAGGAAAUCAUAGAGGAAACGGAGUUUGAGAAGGAUGAGCUUUCCACUUUCAGAGGUUUGGUCUUGGACAUAUCUUACAGGCCUGUUAAUGUUGUCUGCUGGAAACGGGCUAUUUGCUUGGAAUUCAUGGAGAAGGCUGAUGUUCUGGAGUAUUAUGAUCAGACUGUAAAUUCACCAAGUGGCUCCUAUUAUAUUCCUGCUGUGUUAAGGGUUCCUCAUUUACUUCAGGUUGUCAAACGGAGGAGAAUAAAGAAAGCUCUCAGUCGUAAGAAUAUCUUUUAUCGGGACAACUACAUGUGCCAAUAUUGUUCUUCGGAUGAGAACUUGACUGUUGAUCAUGUUCUGCCAAUUGCCCGUGGUGGAGAAUGGACCUGGGAGAAUCUGGUCACUGCCUGUUCCAGAUGCAACUCAAGGAAGGGUCAUAAGACACCCGAGGAAGCAAAUAUGAAGCUUAUGAAAGAACCUAAGGCCCCUAAAGAGUAUGACAUUCUUGCUAUACCUUUGACCAGCUCGGCUAUAAAAAUGUUAAGAUCGAAAAAGGGGACACCGGAGGAGUGGCGGCAGUAUUUAUCAAUGCCGUCAGCAGCCCCUUAGUAUCAACGUAAGGAUGCAGCUUGUAAAUUCUCUUCUUUGUGCAGAAAUGAUAGCAGUCCGAAGUUCAAUCUGAAAUACCAAGACUCAUUUGUACUUCUAUGUACCUGUAAAUGUUUCUCUUCACCCCUACGUGGUUGUAUAUAUGAUAAAUGCUCAAAGGCUCUAGUAAACCAUUGGAGUUUCUAGUAAUUGGUAGUUUGCAUAGGUGAUCUUACUCACUCUUAUCCUCCAUUGAAGCAAUGACAAAUAAAAGGAGAUCUCGACUUGAUCCUUCA